UCUUGCUUUCAAAAAGGUUGGUGACUCCUGAUCUAAAGUUACGACAUUACUCUGCUCUAACUGGCGGACACGGCCCUCGCAGAGCCAACCUCUCCGCACCCAGCUGGGCAAAACCUGGUCCUGUAUUCUCUCUUGGAUAUGCAACACUUCUCAUGUUGAUUGUAAUUUUCAUUCCAACGCAGCUCUCAGAAAGUGCGGAAAUACGAGGGGAGAUCGGAGGGAAUGUGACUAUUCCUUGCCCUGUGGAUGAAGGAAAGAACAUUACUUUCUUCUACCUUCAGAAGAAAGAUGUCUUUGUAAAUGGCUUCAAUCAGGGUCGCGAUGUCAAAAAGGCAUGGCCCAACUCCAGGGUGGUGAAAGGCACAACCACAGUACAAAUGUUUCACUUGAACGCCUCACACAAUGGGGAGUACGAGUGCAUCAUUUGUUACGACGGGAUGGCCAAGCCUGAAAUGACAUACAUACACCUUAUUGUCACAGCCAACUACAGCACGCCGACAUUCACCAAGUCCCGUGAGGGCGGCGUCUGCAACGUGAGCUGCGACACAGACGGCGGUUAUCCCAGCGCCGAUCUGACGUUGGACUUUGUUGACGGCGGCAACAUCACAUGGUUGGAUGUUCGACGCGGCCCUAACCAGCCCGACCCCGACACCGGCUUGUAUCGCAAUUCCAUCAAGGCGUCCUACAACUGCUCCGACAGGGAAAGAAAGCUCCGAUGUUCCGCGGGUGACGUCACAGCGUCUAGUGAUCCAGAUCCCACAACCGGUUAUAUUCCGGUUGUGAUCGGCGUGAUCUUUGCUGUGGUGCUCAUUGUUGGGGUGCUCAUUGGGAUUUAUAAACGACGCCAAAUAUUAGAAGCUUUGGACCGAUGUUUGCAGACAACCAAUGCUGAGGAAGGACAGCCAAUGAGGACGUACCCCGGCUGACAGCGCCGCCUUUUAUAGACCCUACUGGAGAGACCUGUGUGAAGUCUGCUGAAAAACUGGUCUCUCACAGCCCACUCCCAAGACUACACUGACGUCCUCUCUUGCUACAAAAGUGCCUUAGACUCUUCCUCCUAUUACUCUCCACUCUUGGAUUCUGGGACCAGUGACCCCAAGACCGUGUUCUCUGCCAUCAAGAAAUCCACAAACCCAGUGCCAAUAUCACCUGAUCAGUCACUAGCAACAACUGGAACUCCUUCCUCUCAUUCUUUAAUACCAAAGAUAUUUACAGAACUCUAGCCACUCCACACAUUCUCCCUUUCCUUCUCCUGCCUGGUCUAGAACUACUCAAGUCCUCUCCCAGUUUUCCAUGGUCACGCAAUCUUCAAACGCUUGGAAAACUCAAGCUGUCUACCUGAACAUCCAGCUUCAUCUCCCCAUCAAUCAAUCAAUCACCAGUGCCUCAAAGGGCUUCGCAAACCACAAUGAGAUCCGGGGCAAGUGAAAACUCCAAAAGCCCAACACGGGACAAAGAAGACACCGUGGGAAAGGGGCCGUAGACGUGGGGAAGGUCUCCUGGCUGCAAUGGAUGCCGAGUCGGUACAGUUGUUGAAUUGUUACAUUCGUGAUAACGCGAGAGUCCAGUCCAGUCUGUGGUCCUCUCCAAGGUUUCUCAUUGUCCCUUUGGGUUGAGUUUUUCCUUGCCCUGGUGUGGGAUCUGAGCCGAGGAUGACGUUGUGGCUUGUGCAGCCCUUUGAGACACUCGUGAUUUAGGGCUAUGUAAGUAAACAUUGAUUGAUUGAAGACUAUAAAAAUGGGAGCCAUUACCACCCUGCUUGGCACUCAGCAUCAAGGGUUGGAAUUGGGGGUUAAAUCACCAAAAAUGAUUCCCGGGCGUGGCCACCGCUGCUGCUCACUGUUUUUCAAGCAUUGACCGGUCCGCAGCUACAAAAAGGUUGGGGACCACUCAUCUAAAUUAACUAUAUGACUUGCCUAAGUAGCUGGACAGGACAAAAAAAAAAAGACAGGAAUUAACCUCCGUACUUUUGAACCAAUAUUAAGCUAUACAUGAAGCUAGAACGCAACACUACAUACAUCUUUAGGGCUAUAUAAAUAAACAUUGAUUGAUUGGUUGAUCUUGUGGCCUAGCCCAGGGAGCAAUACUGGGACCAAAACGAUUCAAUCUUGAUAUAAACGACAUUUGUAAAGUUACCAAAGUAUUGUUACGUGUAUAUAACCUGCGAGCCAAGAAUGUCCGACAAGUACCAAGAGAAGAAUACCGUAUUUCCUUGAAUUGCCGCCGGGAAUAUAGUAUUCGCCUGCCUAGAAUUACAGCCGGGUCAAACUCGUUUCGCAAAAUAAUUAGCGCAUGCUUGGCACUUCCGCCGGGUCAAAUAUGAGUCAUUAAAUGACUCCCGCCGCCUAGUGGUAGAGGGCGCUAGUGAUCCUUCUUGCGACUACCAGUACUGCAGGAGACAGGUGCUGCAGAAGAAGACAACAAGCAGCAAGCAUGAGCAGCGAUUGUUUGCUUGCACUUUUACCAUGGAGGAUUACAUACCUAAAAUAAAACAGUUUUCUAAACUGGACUUUCAAUCGAAGCAGGAGGUAAUACUUAAAGGAAUAUCUCCAGAGGCUUUUAAAAUUGAAGAAAGAUAAGAAAGACUGCCUUUGAUCAGAAGCAGCUGCACAUGCACCCAUUUACAAGUAAAGGUAAGAUCACAAUAAUGUUUUUUUUUAUUAAAUGUGCUUUUCAUGAUAAGGUAAGCGCCGGAGUGAGAAGAGGUUUUAAAAUAAUUAGCGCAUGCUUGCCCAUUCCGCAUGGUUUUGGUAAGCGCCGGAGUGAGAAGAGGUUUUAAAAUAAUUAGCGCAUGCUUGCCCAUUCCGCAUGGUUUUGGUAACCGCAGGAGUGAGAAGAGGUUUUAAAAUUAAUUAGCGCCUCUGCGGCUAUUCAAGGAAAUACGGUAUAAUCUUCGAGGGGGAAAAAGAUAGUGAUUUAAAACAUCUGUAUGCAUGAACAACACUGAAACCUUGAGCAUAUCACUGUGAAGAAAAGGGCUAAUGCACAAUGCACUGAUGGGAGCAAGUAUUAACAAAUGAGGUGUUUACAAAGAACAAUCCUGAUAAACAUUUUGAACAAUUAGCAUUAUUUCUAGGGAUGUCCGAUAAUAUCGGCCGAUAAAUGCGUUAAAAUGUAAUAUCGGAAAUUAUCGGUAUUGGUUUUUUUAUUAUCUGUAUCGUUUUUUGUUUUUUUUAAAUUAAAUCAACAUAAAAAACACAAGAUACACUUACAAUUAGUGCACCAACCCAAAAAACCUCCCUCCCCCCAUUUCUUUCUAUUAUCAAUAUUCUGGUUCCUACAUUAUAUAUCAAUACAGUCUGCAAGGGAUACAGUCCGUAAGCACACAUGAUUGUGCGUGCUGCUGCUCCACUAAUAGUACUAACCUUUAACAGUUAAUUUUACUCAUUUUCAUUCAUUACUAGUUUCUAUGUAACUGUUUUUAUAUUGUUUUACUUUCUUUUUUAUUCAAGAAAAUGUUUUUAAUUUAGUUAUCUUAUUUUAUUAUUAUUUUUAAAAAAGUACCUUAUCUUCACCAUACCUGGUUGUCCAAAUUAGGCAUAAUAAUGUGUUAAUUCCACGACUGCAUAUAUCGGUUGAUAUCGGUAUCGGUUGAUACGGGCGGCGUGGGGAAGUUGUUAGAGUGGCCGGGCCAGCAAUCGGAGGGUUGCUGGUUACUGGGGUUCAAUCCCCACCUUCUACCAUCCUAGUCACGUCCGUUGUGUCCUUGGGCAAGACACUUCACCCUUGCUCCUGAUGGCUGCUGGUUAGCGCCUUGCAUGGCAGCUCCCGCCAUCGGUGUGUGUGUGAAUGGGUGAAUGUGGAAAUACUGUCAAAGCGCUUUGAGUACCUUGAAGGUAGAAAAGCGCUAUACAAGUAUAACCCAUUUAUCAUUUAUAUCGGUAUCGGUAAUUAAAGAGUUGGACAAUAUCGGGAUAUCGGGAAAAAGCCAUUAUCGGACAUCCCUGAUUAUUUAUUUAUUUAUAAGUUAUAUAACUUAUUUUACGGUUUGGUAUGAUUGUCUGCGAGUUGAAAAGGGACCAAACAUGCGUGUUUGAGGUUGGAUUAGAGAAGAUCUGCUUCUUCCCGCUGCUUUUCGAACAUGCUGAAAUUAUACUAUGAAUAUUUAUUGUCUCUUUGCGCUGGUUGUAAGGUUGCUGCAGCAAUAGGAACUGCUUGUACGUGUUAGCCAUCCCUUUACCACUUUUGACGUGCGGGGCUUCUUGAGGAAAGUUCUGUGGUCAGAUGAAACAAAAACGGAGGUGUUUGGCCACAAUACCCAGCAAUAUGUUUGGAGGAGAAAAGGUGAGGCCUUUCAUCCCAGGAACACCAUCCCUACAGUCAAGCAUGGUGGUGGUAGUAUUAUGCUCUGGGCCUGUUUCGCUGCCAAUGGAACUGCUGCUUUAAAUGGGACAAUGAAAAAAGGAGGAUUACCUCCAAAUUCUUCAGGACAAGCUAAAAUCAUCAGCCCGGAGGUUGGGUCUUGGGGCGCAGUUGGGUGUUCCAACAGGACAAUGACCCCAAACACACCUCAAAAGUGGUAAAGGAAUGGCUAAAUCAGGCUAGAAUGAAGGUUUUAGAAUGGCCUUCUUAAAGUCCUGACUUAAAGGUGUGGACAAUGCUGAAGAAACAAGUCCAUGUCAAAAAAGCAACACAUUUAGCUGAACUGCACCAAUUUUGUCAAGAGGAGUGGUCAAAAAUCCAAGCAGAAGCUUGUGGAUGGCUACCAGAAGUGCCUUAUUGCAGGUCAACUUGCCAAGGGACAUGUAAGCAAAUAUUAACAUUGCUGUAUGUAUACUUUUGACCCAUAAUAAAUUC